AUGGCUCACGUGCUUUUUUCUCAUGCUUUUUUUCUUCAGGUCAGCCAGGUUAGCCCCACGCAGGUCAGCUGUUUGCCGAACCAAAACCAUCGCCCCAUUCAGGUCAGCCAAUUCUUCACGUUGACCGCGACGAUCUCCAGUUCCGUCUUCAUCCACCUGGUGCUGCGGGGCCGCUUCGAAGCCUUGCUGGACACGGCGGACGCCGAGUCCUUGGUCUCCAGCUUUCAACGUGUCUUGAGAGGCGCAUGUGAUGGGGAAGUGCUCUUGGAUAGCCAGAUGAACAUUGCCCAGGAAAGCCAGUGUCUGAAGCAUCUGAUUUUGACCAAUGUGAGCCUCAAAGGCCGGUCCUUCCAACAGUUGCUCGUGGACGAGGAACAGCAUCGUUUUCUCGAGUUCAUUCACACCUCCACGCAGACUUUGGGCACACCGGAGUCAAAGGACUUCCUGCCCCUCUGCCUGCGGGUGUCUUUCCGUGGAUCAGCAGGUAUACGAGUUGCUGCAGAUAUUUACCAUGUGCCUGUACCAGGGCUAUUUGGUUCCAGCGACCCCUACCACUUGAUUGCCUUCAAAGAGGAUUCAGAACCUCGUCCGCUGCCGGAGGCUGAGGAAGACACAGUGCCUUCCAUCCUCCUGAACAAGUGGGGCACUGGUGAAAGCCGUGCCAAGGGCCGAACCUGCCGACCAGACGGGAGAGCUUCGACCAUCUCUGGGAGCACAGGCAGAAGUUCAUGUCUUCAGAACAUUUGUCCUGAAUUGCAGGAGAUCACCAUGCUUGUGGAUGUGACGACCGAGCUUCAGGAUGUACAGCAGGUGCACUUGAACUUCGAACGCAUCUUUCGGGCGGAAGAAGAAGAGGGGGAGCUUCGUGACGACUUGGUGGAGGGCAUGCAAUGUGGCAUGCCUAGCUUGCGCAAGCUGGUGAAGCCCACGGAGUGGGAGAAGAUCCGGUCCAGUGUGGUCAGAUUUGCCGAGAAGGCUGCACUGGAUCCCUACCUUCAACCGAAAGUCUUGAAGCGGAUGACGGUCCAUUUGCCCGGUCAGAGUGGUUGGCUGAUUGCCGAAGAGGUGAAUGAGGAAUCUGCGGUGGGUGAUGAAUUGAAAGCAUCAGACGAGACGAGCGACUGCCUCAAAGCCCCCAAUCCAUGGGACUUGCGAGACACCUCGACACCUCGACACCUCGUGAUGGAAAGCAAGUCUGAAAACGAAGAAAAGAGACUUGUCAGACACAUCUCUUUGCCGAAGGGUGUAGGAAAGGUCUUGGGGAGGCUUGCACUUGGGGGGGGAGUUUCAUCUGGCGUCGCCAUCAAACGCCCCCUCGUUUUGCUCGCGAACAUUAUGGACACUUUGCUGAUCGUCUGCACGACUGCAGCGGUGUGGCUUCCCUUGCAUUUGGCCUUCACGCGGAGUGAUUUUGCAGAGCUGAAGCAAUUCUCAACCUUCUUCCUUUUUCCACAGGCACAGGAUGAGCUCAAGGAAGCGAGGGUGGAUGAGGAGAUGAUCAAGCUUCGCCAAAGGAACUACAAGUUCGUCAGUCGUUGCGUGUGUCACAUCAACUUGUUCACCUGCUUGGGGCUGAUUCACGAAGCUGUUCGAGCCCCUGGACUCGACACGAUGACCUCGUUGGGGCUCUGCACAGUUUGCUAUGUGCAGUACUUGAUCGUUGGCAGUGGUUGGGUGGAAUUGACUCCUUUAAUCAUGGAAGUCCUCUCGUUUGUAACCCAUUUGUUGCUGAUCCCGGUGAUUCUGAGUACGUGCGCAUCGGCCAGCAUCUUCAAAUUUGCCGUGAUGCAGGGCUUGCAAGUGGCCAUGCGCUUUUGCCCUGUGGUCUUAUUCUUGGAUCCAUGGAUCUCGAUUCCUUUUCAAGUACUCUACACCGCCACCGAGACGUCAAUGUAUUUCUUCGUCUUCGACCGGAACACUUUGGAAUUGGGGCCCUUGUGUGAGCGUGCUGCGGGUGGCACUAUGGCCGUGAGGUUUCCUUUUGCCAGGAGUGCGGCUGGCAGUUUGAAGGCUGUGAGCCAAUUCUUUAUCCUGGUCUCCACCGUGGCCUCGUCCAUUUUCAUCGACUUACUGCUCCGGGGUCGCCUCUAUGCGCUCUUCGAAACGGCGGAUGCGGAGUCGUUGGUGUCCAGCUUCCGACGUGUUUUGAGAGGUGCAUGUGAUGGAGAGGUGCUCUUGGAUGGCCAAAUGAAUGUUGCCCAGGAAAGCGAGUGCCUCAAGCAUUUGAUCCUCACCAACGUGAGCCUUAAGGGCAGAUCCUUCCAACAUUUGCUGGUGGACGAGGAGCAGCAGCGCUUCCACGAAUUUAUCAACACCUCCACGCAGGCCUUUGGCACACCGGAAUCCAAAGGCUCGGCCCUGCCCUUGUGCUUGCGCGUGUCCUUCCGUGGAUCAGCAGGCGGGCGGUAGGCCGGAAAGGCACAUGCCGCGAAUGAUGGAUGGUCUCAAAUGCUUCCAUUGACAGGAUGCGGAUUCAUUAUUCUCAAUAUCAUUUGCUG